AACGGCGCACGGCGCGGGCGUCCCCAGCCGCUGCUCCCGACCGCGCCUGUCCGCUCGCGCGCCCACCCCGCCGCCAGAAUGCCGAACUGGGGAGGAGGCAAGAAGUGUGGGGUGUGCCAGAAGACGGUGUACUUCGCCGAGGAGGUGCAAUGUGAAGGCCACAGCUUUCAUAAAUCCUGCUUCCUGUGUAUGGUGUGCAAGAAGAAUCUGGACAGCACUACCGUGGCCGUGCAUGGAGAGGAGAUCUACUGCAAGUCCUGCUAUGGCAAGAAGUAUGGGCCCAAAGGCUACGGCUAUGGGCAGGGUGCAGGCACACUGAGCACCGACAAGGGGGAGUCGCUGGGCAUCAAGCAAGAGGAGGCUCCAGGCCACAGGCCCACCACCAACCCCAAUGCAUCCAAGUUUGCCCAGAAGGUUGGUGGCUCUGAGCGCUGUCCCCGCUGCAGCCAGGCAGUCUAUGCUGCGGAGAAGGUGAUCGGCGCCGGGAAGUCCUGGCACAAGUCCUGCUUCCGCUGUGCCAAGUGCGGCAAAGGCCUUGAGUCCACCACCCUGGCAGACAAGGAUGGCGAGAUUUACUGCAAAGGAUGCUAUGCUAAAAACUUUGGACCCAAGGGUUUUGGCUUUGGACAAGGAGCUGGGGCCUUGGUCCACUCCGAGUGAGGCUACCACUGACCAGUACACCCUGCCUGCUCCUGUGCUUUUUGUCGCUGCCAUCCCCUCCCUAGCAGCCUCGCCAACCUCCAGGAUUCUCCAUCAAACGCCCCUCACCCCACCCCAGCCCUGUCACCCAUCACUCACGACAUGAACUUGGGCUUCUGGUUCCCUUUGUCUGGAAAUCUACCUGCUGUCCCACCCCACCCAGGGGCUACCCUGUCUGGCAUCUGUCACCUUCUCCAGUAGGGGACCUCUGCAUUUCAAGUU